AUGUCUACCCUCGUCCGCCAACCGUUUGCUCCCCUUGAUGGGGCUCGUCUUCAGACUCUGACGAGUAUCAAGAACAGGCAAAAUGCCUCAUCGCCUGCAGCUAGCAAGAGGAAGGCCUCGGAGCUGACAGAGGAUGACUUUGAAAAUGUCGACCCCACCAACUUCUCCAAGAGGUCCAAGGGCACCGACGACAGCUUCUUCUCCAAGGAUGUGCUCAAGGCCCCGAUUUUUACCAUUACCACUAAGCCCACUGCCCGCCUCGCCCCAACUAGCCCCUCUCGAUCUCUCCCUACCUCGCCUCGUGCACGCAGCGUCCUCCAGGCCAAGUCUCCCAUCGGCAAGCUCAACACCACCAUCACUAGGUCGUCACCCCUCGCCGCGCCUGCAGGCCGGUCCCCGACUCGCAGCAAGCGUUCGGGCAUCUCGAGCAGCCGACGCCGCACCACUGCCGGCUCCUACGCCCGCAUUGACCCUCCUCGCUUCAAUCUCGGCUCCGCUGCGCCCUUCAGCCUGGAUGCCGCCCUCAAGGGCACCAUUCCAGGCUACGCUGCCCGCUCUUCGACAACUUCCUUGCGGCCGGUACCCGGGUGGAGCCGCUCCUGUUGCCGCCGAGAUACCCCCGAGCAGGAGAUGACCAACCUGCUCCAGCACGGCACCUGCACUCUGGAUAUCAGCUCUGACGAGGAGUCGGAACAGCGUGCCACCCGUGAGCGCGCUGAGGGCCGCGACAAGGAGAACAUUCCUCCUGCCGAUGAUAUCAGCCAGACCUCUCGCCGUGCUGCUGCCCGUCGCGAGUCUGAGGACGACAUGCUGGUUGAGAAAGAGCGCUUUGCCCUUGCCGACCUGGAUGCCUCUGACUAUUACGCGGCCGGCUGCGACGCCACCUCGGUCAUCCUCGUCCCUGCUGACGAAGACGAGACUGAGACAGCUGAGAAGAUCACGGUUGCCAUCCCCGCCGUUGAUGCCACCCCUGCAGCCCAUGUCGUAGAGCCUGCUACUGCCGCUCUCCCUUCUCUGCCGGUCAGCGACGAAUUCGCACCCGAGAUCAAUCUUGGGUCAAUCGAACCUGUAAUCACUGAGGACGUUGACUCCCUGAUGACCAAGGCUGAGGAAGCGCCCUGCGCCGACGCCGCCGUUCUUGAACCCAUGGAGGGAACUGGAGAGAGCUUCGAGCUCUGGGAAAGCGCCAGCGCCAAGGAUGAGACUGAGACUGAGACUGCCGUUGUUGCCGUUGAGGCAUGA